AUGAAGCAAAGUACAUUAUUCGGGCUUAUUGCCUCGGUUGCCUCCUUUGGCAUGACUGCAGCUGCUGGUACUCCAGUAUUGGCAGCAAGAGCUUCAUCUACUUCGAGUGUUGAGGCCGUUACGAUUUCAGGAAAUGCUUUCUACAAGGGUAGCGAUCGUUUCUACAUUCGUGGUGUCGACUAUCAACCAGGUGGAGGAAUUGGUACUCCCGGCGAUCCCAUUGCUAAUGCAACUGCAUGCAAGCGAGAUGUCGAAUAUUUCAAAGAACUAGGAAUCAACACUAUCAGAGUCUACGCUGUCGACAACACUGCGGAUCACGACGAGUGCAUGGGUUAUCUCGCCGAUGCCGGUAUUUACCUUGUCCUUGAUACCGAUACUCCUCUUUAUUCACUCAACAGAGACGAACCCAAAAAAUCAUACAACAGCGUCUACCUUCAAUCAAUCUUUGCCACUAUUGACAAGUUUGCCAAUUACAGCAAUACUCUUGCUUUUCUCUCUGGUAAUGAAGUCAUCAACCAAGUAAACAAUACCGAUUGUGCUCCGUAUGUUAAGGCUAUCGUUCGAGACAUGAAGGAAUACAUUGGUAGCCGUGGUUACCGAUCCAUUCCCGUUGGAUACUCCGCUGCUGACGUUGCCUCCAAUCAAUUUAUUCUUGCUGAGUACUUGAAUUGCGGAACCGACGAUGAACGAUCCGAUUUCUACGCCAUCAAUGAUUAUUCGUGGUGUGAUCCUUCUUCCAUGACCACAUCAGGCUGGGACACUCUUAUCUCAAAUUACGCUAAUUACAGCAUUCCUCUCUUCAUGUCCGAAUUCGGCUGUAUUACCAACACCAGAAAGUUCACCGAAAUCGCUGCCCUCUACAGCACUGAGAUGGCUGCUGUCUUCUCUGGAGGUCUUGUGUAUGAAUAUUCCAACGAGGGUAACGGAUACGGUCUCGUGAAUAUCACCGAUGGAGAAAUUACUACCGGUGACCAAUUCACAUAUCUCAAAGCAGCCUACGCAAACACUACUUUACCAACUGGUGAUGGAGGAGCCAUUACUACUACUAGACCUGCGAGUACUUGCCCAACUGAAAGUUCCGACUGGGAAAUCUCCGGUGAUGCUCUCCCAGCUAUCCCUACCCCAGCUCAGAAAUUCAUGACUGCAGGUGCGGGUACUGGACCUGGAUUGGAUGGUGCUGGUUCUCAAGAGGCUGGUGAUAGUGAUAACGAAUCGCAAGGGACUGCUACCGCCGGUUCGGGAGCUGUUACAUUCACCGCUUCCGCAGGAUCUUCGGGCUCCACAUCUUCUUCUAAAUCGAGCGCCGCAGGUGGUAGAGUUGCCGAAGUUGACAUGAGAGCGUUUGGAGUUGUUGCAGUGACCCUUGCCAGUAUGGUUGGUGUGACUGGGCGGAAUGCAGCUGAGGUUCCCCAGUCAGCUAGUACUUAUGCUAUGGCUGCAAUUCCGGCACUCAAUUAUCCUAUCACAGGGCCCCCAAAGGCUUCGCCAGCUCCUGCCGACGGAUCUGUCCCCCUAAGACGCGAGAUUCGAGAUCUUCAACAUAACUUUCCUGAUCAAUGGACACUUUACAUACUUGGUCUUCAAGCUUUUCAGCAACUUGAUGAGAAGUCAGAUCUAUCUUGGUAUGGAAUUGCUGGUAUUCAUGGACGUCCAUACCGUCCUUGGGGUGGAGUUCAAGGAGAUAACCCGGUCGGCUGGCAAGGCUAUUGUACUCACAGUUCUAUUCUCUUUGCUCCAUGGCAUCGUCCAUACCUCGCAUUAUUUGAGCAAUACUUGUAUCAAAUCAUUCAAAAGAUCGCCGCUACAUUCCCCACUGCCUCUAAGACUCGUUAUCAACAAGCUGCUUUAACGUUCCGUAUGCCAUACUGGGACUGGGCUGCCUCACCACCCGCCGGCGAUAAAUACUUUCCUACUGUCGUCGGACAACCAUCGAUUCAAGUCAUCACCCCAACCUCGAAUAACAAACCAGUUCAAAUCACCAACCCUCUCUACUCCUAUAAAUUCAAUCCCUUAAAUCCUUUGAAGAAUGACUUUCCCAGCAUUCCGGAAUCUCGAUGGCCCAGCACUCUUCGAUACCCAACCAACGGAAGUGCAAUCGCCAAAUCCCAAGAACAGCAAGUAUUUGACGCUAUGGAGUCACAAUUUCAGUCAUAUCAAAGCAAUGUUUAUCUCAUCAUGAAAGAUCCCAACUACAAGCAGUUUGAUGCUUUCAGCAAUCAUCAAUGGGCUCCCAAUAAUGCUCCUGAAACAUAUGGUAGUAUCGAGGAUGUGCAUAAUAGUAUUCAUAGUGAAACUGGUGGGAAUGGCCAGAUGGCUGAUCCUGAUUACGCAGCAUUCGAUCCAUUGUUUUGGUUGCACCAUACAAAUGUCGAUCGACAAUUUGCCAUCUGGCAAGCACUAAACCCCAAUAGCUAUGCAAUCAACAAACCAUCCGGCGAUGGAACCUUCUCCAUCGAAAGCGGCACCCAAGAAACAAGCACCACCCCCUUAACACCAUUCAACAACGCCACCGGCAAAACCUACUGGACUUCCGAUGCCGUCCGCAACACGGCAACCUUCAACUACGCAUAUCCCGAGACUCAACAAUGGAAAUAUCCCACUCUUCAACAAUAUCAAAAUAGUGUUCUCGCCGCGGUCCAAACGUUAUACGGCGCUACUAGUAAUCAAGUCAUGCAAUUGAUGGGCGUACAAACUGCAGAUGCAACUGCACCUCAGCAAAUAACUCCUCGAUCUAAACAAGUUAUUGCGGACGGUAGCAACGGACCUCAAAAGCCCCUCGGUAUUAGUAAUCCCUCAUCUUCCAGUAUCGGUAAUUCCCUAUCAAAUCUCCUUCAUGACAUUUCACCCAAGUCUCAUGCUCAGUCUGUGGAGACUACUCGCGGUGGAGAGGACUUUGAAUCCGAGAUUGGAAAACCAUCCGAAACUCCUUCCAACACAGGUCCUAAAGCACCAAUCAAAUACCGCGAAUAUAUUGCUAAUAUCCGCGCUCCCAAACAUAUUCUCCAGCAAACGUAUCGCGUGCGAAUUUUUCUCGGGGAUUUUGAUUCCAAUCCUGCUACAUGGGCUACCGCUCCCUCCACCCUCGGCACCUUUUCUUCCUUUGGCAAAAACCCUCAAACAACCUCCUGCGGUAAAUGCAUCCGCGACGCCACCAACUCCCUCAUGAUCUCCGGCACCAUCCCCCUAACCCCCAUGCUCCUAACCCUCUAUCAAAACAGCACUCUCGCCUCUCUGGAACCAGUACACGUCCUUCCAUACCUAACGCGAAAUCUGCAUUGGAGAGUAACGCUGGCAGAUGGAUCGGAAAUUGAUAGGGCGGAGGUGCAGGGUCUGAAGGUUAGUGUAGUGAGUACGGAGGUCGAGUGUGUAGACAGGGGUUGGCCAAUUUUUAGUGGGGAGUAUGUGGUGCAUAGUGAGGUUACGGGGGGGAGACCGGCGGGGUUGGGGGAGGGGGAUAGGAUUUAG